AUGGCCAAGCGCAUCUCGCUGUCCAUCCGCAUCGUGGAGGGGAAGAACCUGCCCGCCAAGGACAUCACGGGCAGCAGUGACCCCUACUGCAUCGUGAAAGUGGACAACGAGCCCAUCAUCAGGACAGCCACCGUGUGGAAGACCCUGUGCCCCUUCUGGGGUGAGGACUAUCAAGUGCAUGUGCCCCCCACCUUCCACAGUGUGGCCUUCGAGGUCCUGGAUGAGGAUGCGCUCAGCCGAGAUGACGUGAUCGGCAAGGUCUGCCUGACAAGGGAGACGCUGGCCUCUCACCCUAAGGGAUUCAGCGGCUGGGCCCACCUGACGGAGGUCAACCCUGAUGAGGAGGUCCAGGGGGAGAUCCACCUGCGGCUGGAGGUGGCGCCCGGGACCCACAGCCGCCUGCUGCGCUGCUCUGUCCUCGAGGCCAGGGACCUGGCCCCCAAGGACUGGAACGGCACAUCUGACCCUUUUGUUCGAGUGAGAUACAAAGGCCGGACUCAGGAGACCUCGGUGGUGAAGAAAUCCUGCUACCCACGCUGGAAUGAGACAUUUGAAUUUGAGCUGGAGGAUGGGGCCACAGAGGCCCUGUGUGUGGAGGCCUGGGACUGGGACCUCGUCAGCCGCAAUGACUUUCUGGGCAAAGUAGUGGUCAAUGUCCAGAGUCUGUGUGCAGCUCAGCAGGAAGAGGGCUGGUUCCGGCUGCAGCCCCACCAGGCCAAACAGCGGCUGCGAGUGGAGGGCAACCUGGGCUCCUUGCAGUUGGAGGUGCGGCUGCGGGACGAGACGGUGCUUCCGUCCAGCUGCUACCAACCCUUGGUACAACUGCUGUGCAGGGAGGUGAAGCUGGGCAGCCAGGGCCCAGGGCAGCUGAUCCAGAUAAUCGAGGAGACGACAAGCACCGAGUGCCGCCAGGAGGUGGCCACCAGCCUGCUCAAGCUCUUCCUGGGGCAGGGACUGGCCAGGGACUUUCUGGACCUGCUGUUCCAGCUGGAGCUGAGUCGCACCAGUGAGGCCAAUACCCUGUUCCGGAGCAACUCCCUAGCUUCCAAAUCUAUGGAGUCUUUCCUGAAGGUGGCAGGGAUGCGGUAUCUGCACAGCGUCCUGGGCCCCAUCAUUGACAAGGUGUUCGAGGAGAAGAAGUACGUGGAGCUGGACCCCAGCAAAGUGGAGGUUAAGGAUGUAGGGUGCUCCGGGCUGCACAGGCCACAAACCGAGACCGAGGUGCUGGAGCAGAGCGUGCAGACGCUGCGCGCCCACCUGGCGGCGCUGCUGAGCACACUCCGCGGCUCGGUGCGCGCCUGCCCCGCGCUGGUCCGCGCCACCUUCCGCCAGCUGUUCCGGCGCGUGCGCGAGCGCUUCCCGGGCGCACAGCACCAGCACGUGCCGUUCAUCGCCGUCACCAGCUUCCUGUGCCUACGUUUCUUCUCUCCCGCCAUCAUGUCACCCAAGCUCUUCCACCUGCGGGAGCGGCACGCGGACGCCCGCACCAGCCGCACGCUGCUCCUGCUGGCCAAGGCGGUCCAAAGCAUGGGCAACAUGGAUACACCGGUUUCCAGAGCCAAAGAGGCUUGGAUGGAACCGCUACAGCCCACGGUGCGCCAGGGCGUGGCACAGCUGAAAGACUUUAUCACCAAGCUGGUGGACUUGGAGGAGAAGGAGGGGCCUGCGGAGCUGGACCUGCACCCGCUGAGCUUGCACGCGCCCCCGGUGAAGGAGGGCCCGCUCUUCAUCCACAGGACCAAGGGCAAGGGCCCCCUCACGUCCUCCUCCUUCAAGAAGCUCCACUUCUCCCUCACCACCGAGGCCCUCAGCUUUGCCAAGACACCCAGCUCCAAGAAAAGCGCCCUCAUCAAGCUUGCCAACAUCCGGGCAGCAGAGAAGGUGGAGGAGAAGAGCUUUGGCAGCUCACAUGUCAUGCAGGUCAUCUACACGGAUGACGCUGGUCGACUCCAGACCGCCUACCUGCAGUGUAAGUGUGUGAACGAGCUGAACCAGUGGCUGUCUGCACUCCGCAAGGUGAGCGUCAACAAUACCGGCCUGCUGGGCUCCUACCACCCUGGUGUCUUCCGAGGGGACAAGUGGAGCUGCUGCCACCAAAGGGACAAGACAGAUCUGGGCUGUGAUAAAACUCGGUCCCGGGUGACGCUGCAGGAGUGGAACGACCCCAUUGACCAUGACCUGGAGGCCCAGCUCAUGUACCAGCACCUGCUGGGUGUGGAGGCUGCACUGCGGAAGAAGCAUCUGGAACUGCGUAGGGACCCAGAGGCAGGGCCUAAAGAAGUCCCUGAAGACUCGCUGGCCCAGCUGCUCCAUGUCCUGCAGGAGCUGCGGGAAGCUCAUGGCCACAGCCCGGGUGGCCUGCACCUCUCAGAGCCCUGCCACUUCCUACAGCUACAGAAGUGAGGUCUGUGCUCAGCACCCUGCCAGGGACCCCAGCACCCCAAUGCACUUGGGACCUCGCCCCAGCCGCCUUCACCGAGGGGCACACCCAAGGCCUUCCUGGAUCUUGGCCCAUCUGCAAUCUGUGGGGGGUUGUGGGUGGCCCCUGCUCCCCUGGGAAGUCUGGCUGCUCCCCGACGCACCCCACAUUCUCCACCUAGGACAACGGCUGGAUGUCAGGGGUGGCGUGAGGCAGGAGGGCCAGGCCCCCACACCUGCCCUGGGCUCCCUGGCCAUCCCCAGGCUGCUGCCUGGGCCCUGGGCAGUGUCACGGUGCUGUAAUA